AUGUCUCAAAAGAAAAAAACAUCACAGUAUCGAAAUUUUGAUUUGUUCUCUUUGGGGUGCAUGUUCAUGAGAAUGUUAACCAAUUGUUCAUUGAGACUUGUUCUUUGGAGUUUAAAUACAUUUCAUCAAGAUUUAUAUGGAACUCAAGAUGACACAGCUGAUGACUGGAAUUAUUUUUCAGAUUAUGGAUCUUAUUUUCAUGUGGUUGUUGCAACUUCACAUGGAGAAUCCAAAUUACAUCAUGCACUUUACAAAGAAUUGGACAAACACAUUGAUCCAUCAUGGAAAGUGAAUGAUAUUCUUGGAAGAUGUUUGAUGACCAUGAUUCAGAAAGAUAUUGAAACUCGAAGAGAUUGUGUGAAAUAUAUUCCAAUUUUGAAAAUUGUGAAACAAUCACUUGAAAAAGACCACAACCCAGAUUUUUCAACUCUUGGUUUGAGUAUAUUGAAAGAAUAUCAACCAUCAUUUAUUGAAAAGAUGCUGGAGGAGAACAAAACAUUGAAACAAGAAAAUGCCAACUUGCUCCAACUUAAGGACAAGUACAGUAAUAAGAUCCAAAAUCUCUUUUCAGCGUAUGAAUACGAUAGGAUUUCAAUAAAUAUUCUCAAUACGCUACUAUUUCAGAAUUGCUUCUUAUACUAG